AUGGCUCCCUCGUCGCCUCUCCGAACGGGCUACCUCGUCCUUUACAAUGCCGUGUCCGCCGCCGCCUGGUCCGUGGUCCUGUACCGCACCGUCCUGACCUGCGUCAACUUUGGCUUCGCCUACACGUACUUUGAGGUCGGCGAGUGGACGCGCUGGACGCAGACGGCCGCAUGCCUCGAGAUUCUGCACUCUCUUUUCGGAAUCGUCCGCGCGCCCGUCGCCACCACCAUCAUGCAGGUCAUGUCACGCCUGCUCCUCGUCUGGGCCAUCACCUAUCCUUACCCCUUUGUCACCCAGGCGCCCUCAUACGCCUCCAUGCUUUUCGCCUGGUCCGUCACCGAGGUCAUCCGCUACUCGUACUUUGCCACCAGCCUCGUCGGCCUCCAGCCUUGGUUCCUGACCUUUUUGCGCUACAACACCUUUUUCGUCCUCUACCCGCUCGGCAUCUUUUCCGAGUGCUCCCUCAUCUUCAUCACCUCCAAGUUUCUGCCGGGCCCGGAAAAGUACAUUCUCUACGCCAUUCUCGCCAUCUAUGUUCCUGGGUCCUAUAUUUUGUACACGUACAUGAUGAAGCAGCGAUCCAAGGUCUUUGGUGGUGCGCAGAGCGUCAAAAAGACCCAAUAA